GACACCUCGGAGUGACUGCAUCAAAGGAACCUAAACAGCACCUAUCAUGGCUCCCGUAAUCCAUUUGACGCCUCUUAUUAUAAACUUCAAUGGUUGCUCUUUACGGAUCGCGCGGCUAUAAAUGACAAGGCAGCCCGACAAGUGUAAACUGCCUUGAGAGAGAUGUCGUCUCCGGGCAUGGCCACCCCCAGCGACCCCCUCCUGGCCAGUCCCAGCGUGAGGAGGCUACACUCGGCUCACGACGGACUCUGGAGAAGCUCGCUUCCCAAGACGGCCAGCUUCCCGACGUCCUCCACCCGACUCCUAAGUCACCGUGCCAACAACUUCCAGCGGCAGCCCAAGCGACAAAAGCUGAUCCGACCUUCGCCGCCUCCGCCACCCAACACGCCGUGUCCCCUGGACAGGCUAGACCUCAGCGAGCUGCCACCGAGACGCACCUUCCAGGAGUUGCUCUUCAACGGCUCCAUCCUGUUCGGGAUCGAAUUCAGCUACGCCAUGGAGACGGCUUAUGUAACGCCCGUGCUUCUGCAGAUGGGCCUGCCCGAUCAGUUCUACAGCUUGGUGUGGUUCAUUAGCCCCAUACUGGGAUUCCUGGUACAGCCUCUCAUUGGAGCUUGGAGUGACCGUUGCACAUCCCGGUUUGGACGCAGGAGACCAUUUAUUUUUGUAUUGGCCAUAGGGGCGUUGGUCGGUUUGACUCUGGUGUUGAACGGACGGGACAUUGGAGGAGCGCUAGCGGAUACGGCGUCUAAUCAUAAGUGGGGCAUACUCCUGACGGUGUGUGGCGUGGUCCUGAUGGACUUCAGCGCAGAUUCAGCAGACAACCCGAGUCACGCCUACAUGAUGGAUGUGUGCAGCCCAGAGGACCAGGACCGGGGGUUGAACAUCCAUGCUCUGCUGGCAGGACUUGGGGGCGGCUUUGGGUACAUCGUGGGCGGCAUCAACUGGGACAAAACCCACUUCGGAAAAUCAAUGGGAGGUCAGCUGCGGGUCAUCUAUAUGUUCACCAGCAUCACCCUGGUGAUCGCCACAGCCAUGACUCUUACGAGUAUCCCCGAGCGACCUCUGCCAAAGAGCCAGCCCUUUGGCAAAAACCACCUGAAGAGCCCCAAACUUCUUCUUCCUCCAUCACCGCCCGCCCCACCAGGAUCUGCGCUGGCAGUGGAUGAAGAGGACGAGGAAGGUCAAUACGGCUGUCACUUGUCAAAGUCGAGCCACCCCGACUCUUUGGCACAUUCCUGCAGUGCCAACGCCCGCCUCUGUGCUGGCCUCACUAGCCCCAUAUCGCCCAUGAGCCCCCUUACGCCAAAAUAUGGCAGCUUUAUAAGUCGGGACAAUUCGCUCACCGGCAUCAAUGAAUUCGCCUCCUCAUUGGGGACUUCCUACAUAGACAGUGUUCUCAUAGACUGUUACACUGGGCAACAGACACCACAGGGCCUCCUGCCCCCCAACUCUGUUUCAAUGCCUCCGGGUGACUCCCCUGCCCCUGCCCCAGAAGGGUCCACCAAGGCAGAGAGGCAUCCUGAUGCGGUCUGUCAUCCAGACACAGAGGGUGCCUCACAAUCCCAACCAGCAUCUCAGGUCACAUCGGGGGCGCAGCCUGGUCCAGAACCACGUCGGGGCUCCGCUGCCGGAAUCCUGAAGCGACCUCAGAGUCUGGCUCUCAUGGAGGACCCCAUGGCGACCCAGAUAGUCGGGAUGGAGAACGGACGCAGGAGAACUGUGACGUUUAGCCAGCAGGUUGCAAACAUUUUGCUGAACGGUGUGCGCUACGAGAGCGACAUAAGCGAGAAUGCUGAGACAGGAGAAUCCCAAAUGUCAAUGAAACUCUUGUGUAUAGCCAUCUACCGGAUGCCUCCCUCUCUGCGCAGCUUAUGCACUAACCAUUUUUUGGGCUGGCUGUCCUUCGAAGGCAUGCUGCUCUUCUACACAGACUUCAUGGGGGAGGUUGUAUUCGAAGGAGACCCCAAAGCGCCCCAUGACUCUGAGGCCUACCAGCGCUACAACGCUGGGGUCAGCAUGGGCUGCUGGGGCAUGUGCAUCUAUGCAUUCAGUGCUGCUUUCUAUUCAGCCAUAUUGGAGAAACUGGAGGAGCGCUUCUCUCUGCGCACACUCUACUUUUUCGCCUACCUGGCAUUCGGCCUGGGCACCGGUCUGGCCACGCUGUCCACCAACCUCUACGUGGUGUUGUCUCUGUGCGUCACCUAUGGGGUGCUCUUCUCCUCCCUAUGCACGCUGCCUUACUCUCUGCUCUGUGAAUACUACCAAAGCCCCCAGUUCUGCGGCUCAUCAGAGGAGGGCACUCGGCGUGGGAUGGGGGUGGACAUCUCACUGCUCAGCUGCCAGUACUUCCUGGCGCAGAUCCUAGUCUCGGUGGCUAUGGGACCCCUGACGUCGCUGGUGGGCGGCGCCCAGGGGGUGAUGUACUUUGCCAGCCUGAUGUCAUUCGUGGGCUGCGUGUAUUCGUCCCUCUGCGUUGUAUACCAGCUGCCCGCCGCGGAGGGUGAGCCCGCCGAAAGUGAGAUGCGGCCGCUGCUGGCGCACAUUUAGCUCCGUCGAGAUAAGACACAUCCUGCCGCGCACUGUACACCACAAGCAGACAAUAUUUCACAGCACUCAUACACAGACGGGCAGACAGUGUGUUCAUACAGUGUGUGCGCCCAUACGUCAUGCAUUUGCAUUCACUUUUGCAUUUUGUAUAGUAUCUCCCUUUGGAUAGAAAUCACCGUUUUACAGCAAGGGUGGGGAAUCUAUUGGUAGAAAAGAAGGAGCAUGUAGUUGGCCUAGCCUAGCUGGCUAAGCACGCUAACGAGGCCUCAUGGUAGUUACCUAACCCUACAGCUGGGGUAGGAAAACUUUUGUACUCAACGGCCACAUUUGAGUUUUAAAACAGACAGAUGGGUCAGUUUAUUUGUAGAUGAGGUUAAUUUAAAAAAUUAUCUAAAAUGUAGAUGUAAAAUAUCUUUAGCUGAAUAGCGUACAGUGCCGUGAAAAAGUAUUUGCCCCCUACUUAAAUAAUUUAUUUUUGCACAGUUUCUCUAGCUUUAAUGUUUAGGAUCAUCAAACAAAUCUAAAUAAAGAUAAAGAUAAACCAAGUAAACAUAAAAUGCAGUUUUUAAAUGUUGAUUUUAUUUAUUGAAGAAAAAAAACCUAUUCAAAGUUAUCUCGCCGUGUAAAACAAAAAAAAGUAAUUGCCCCAUAACCCUAAUAACUGGUUAUGCCCCCCUCACCAGCAGUCACUGAAAUCAAGUGGUUUCUAUAACUGGCAAUGAGUAUGUUACAUCUCUGUGGAGAUAUUUUAGCCCACUCUCCCUCUCUUCUUUUCAGAAUUGUGCUAAUUCAGCAAAACUGGAGAGUUUUUAUCCCGCAACCCUUGUGAGGAUAAGUGGCUCAGAUAAUGGAUGGAUGGAGAGUUUUCAAGCAUGAACGGUCUUUUCACUAUGCCAUGGAUGUCGUUUUUGCCCAGUCUCUUCCUUACUGUUGAGUCAUGAACACUGACCUUAACUGAGGCAAGGGAGGUCUUAGGUUCUUCAGGUGUUGUCCUGGGUUUCUUUGUGAUACCCUGGAUGAGUCGUCCCUGUAAUCUUACACUCGCCUGACUUUGGUGCGGGUAGCGUUGGUUCAGUUCUCACUCAGUGACAGUGUGAAUGUAAGUGCGAAUGGAUGUCCGUGUCUAUAUGUGUCCUGUGACUGACUGGCGACCAGUUCAGGGUGUAGUCCGCCUUUUGCCUGAAGUCAGCUGGGAUAGGCUCCAGCACCCCGCAACCCUAACCAGGAUAAGCGGUGUUGAAAAUGGAAGGAUGGAUGGAUUUGUGACUGACAUUUGUUUGUUAAUCUUCAACAUGAAGUGGGGAAACUCUGUAAAAAAAAAAAAAAAAAAAAAAAAGAACUUGAGAAGGAGCCAAAUAUUUUUUUCACGGUACUGUAAUUACCCAAGAUCUUUUUUUGCGUUUUUGGAAAACAAGGGGGGGAGGGGGGAACAGGAAUUCAACACACGCAAGAAGAGUCCUGUUGCCUGGAUUUAACCUUUGUGGAUUACCAUCACCUGGAUAUCUACAAAGACAAAGAAAAAAACAAUUUCUUAGCAAGCACGUUGGUAUUUUCUAUUGACAUCGUGACAGUAAGUCAAAAAUGAUUUAGGCACUUAUACUAGUCGACAAAAGAUAUUUAUGAUAAAUCCUUAAUUUUAUUAUUGAUAGUGGGAACUGUAUAUGUAAAAAUGUUUAUAGGACUGUUUUUUAUUUCAUUGUUUAUAAUAGUUUAAAAUAAAUCAAAACUAUUAUCAAACUAAAAUUCACCAAUUAAUUAGAUUUAUAGAUACAAAAUUAUACAUUUUAAUUAACCAAUUUUUAUUUUAAAAAAUGGCUAAAUUAAUGCAACAAAUAUUACAGGACUCGUGAUAAUGUAAAUGCUCAGUGGUCGAAUUAAAGACCAAAGCAGGAUGCAUGUGGCUGCGGGCCAAACUUUGCCCACCCAGUGCUAGAAUGCUGGUUAACGGGCGAAUAACAGCAUACCAUUAUUUUGCAGAAAAGAAAUGACAAAAAGUAUGCAUGUUGUAAUCCGUAUGGAUUUGAAUGACAUAGCUUUACCCAAAGCCUGCAUUUAUCUAGGUCAGUUCCCUUUCAUCCAUCCAACCAUUUACUAGAGCCCGUGUCCUCAUUAGGGUCACGGGUGAGCUGCUCAUCCCCCACCCCGGACUUACAGUCUUCACGCAGCAUUUGCUUUCCUAUUUAUUAGUUAUGUUGCAUGAGCUUCCAUGUGUUUGAGUUAGCAUUAGCAUAGCAACACACAAACACACUUGGAUGUGUGUGUCCGGGACCCCCGUCCGCCCAAGUUUCUGUCAAUCCUUAAAACCACGGUCAUGCUGUGACCCUCCCUCCUGGCCGGCCAGUGUAAUAAUGACAGUCAUUCUUGUCAUUAUCAGGAAGAGGAGAAGUUGAAACGGGGGUGUGAACAUCAACAUUGGGAAGAACACAAAGAGAUCUCGUCCUCCUCUGAAGGUGGACAACACUGAACGCCAAAAAGACUCUUUUGGGUGUAUUAAAGCCAGCAGAGCUGCAGCAAAUAUCACAUUGAAUUCCAUUAGGAAGGUAUUCCCCCCUCCAAACACCGGCAAACGUCCUUAUUAAACAAUUAGUAGAAACUGCCUCGGCAGAAUGUCAAUAUUUGACAUCAUGUACACAAGCAGCUUCCUUUUUAAAACAUUGUUGCAAUAGUUUCUCCUUUUGUUCAGUAUGUAAAAAAAAUAAUAAUUUUCAAAUUAAAAU